AUGGAAAAUGUAAGAUUUUAACUUCAUAACAAUACCUAUCCGCUGUUUGCCGUCGUGGUUAUGAUAAAGUCGAAGUUAGCAUUUUAGUGCACUGUAGCCUACAAUUUAUUUGUUGAUAUAUUUAAAACUCCGAGCUGGGAUAUAGACGCGAAAUAGCAACUUUUAAGUUUAAAACUACAUGAACAUUGGAGAGUUGAACCGUUCAAAACUGUUGUGAUCAUGUGCAGCAAACUAAAUUAUCAUAUGUGUCUCUCUUGCUUUAUGCAUUCAUAAAUCGUAAGCAAAGCAAGUUUUUUUUUUUUAAAUAAUACACAGAUUAGCAACAAAACCCUUUUCAAAUAAGUAAUAUAAUGCAAUGUACCAUAGGUUUUUAGAUCACAGUUUUACAAAUGAUAACCUUUACAGUUCUGCUUCAAAUUCAUCAACAUUUGGUUCUAAGGGUCCUGCAGUCUGUUUUUAGCACAUCCAGUUUAAUAAAUCUGUGUAUUUUAAUGGGGUUAAUUAACGUUAUUUAUAUACCUAGACUUUCAAGAAAGUUUAAUGCUCUUGAGCACUUCCUUUCAUGCAUACAUCUUUAAUGAUUUCCACUUUUUAUGUCACUUACACUGUUAAUUAGAGCUAGUUACUAUUACCAAACAUUUAAUCAGAAUACACAGGAGGUGACCCAGCAGUUUAUUCAGGCCAUAUCUUCUUUGCAGGAAAUGUUUUUUGCAUUCACUGUAUUUAGGUAGCUUUAAUAUGUGUCUGUAUCGUUACAGCGGGAAGCACCUCAGCAACUUCUGGACCACGACUACGCCAAGGAAAGGAGAGCCUCAGCGUGCCAGACAGGGAGAAAGCGCAGAGCCAGCAGAUGCUUUUGCUGCAGGAAUGAUCAGGUAGGACUCUUUAUAUUUAUAUUUAUUUAUAUUUUGGUAGAGAAAAAGUUCAAACUCUGCACAAUGUGACAAAGUAUGAGGGCAGUUAUGUGUGCAGUACUGUGUGGAGGACCACAGGGGUCACAGGGCAGAGGUUAAAUCAAAUGAGCGUGUUAAUAUCCUCUGUAUUUAAAUUGACCAAGAGUCGUUCUACAGCAAAAAGUUUCACAUUAUUUUUUAACAGCUUAUUAUCAGGAUGGUUGAACAUGAAAUGACACUUACUGUCCUUAGGGUGGCACUGUUAUUUAAAAGUUAAUAUUUUUACACUUAAAUGACAGUCAUAAGUAUUUGAUUUUUUCCUCAUCAGCCCCUUGUUUUAUUUAGAAUAACAAAAUUGCAUUUUCCUCUAAAUUUUCUAAAACUCAGAUUUUUGAUAUCUUGUCAAAAAAUGUUAUCAGCACCUUUGUGCUACACUUUUUAAAAAUUGUUUAAAAAUGUAUAAAAAUGCAGUCUAUUGAAACUUGUCUCCUUUUGAUUCUGUAAAGACUUGACUUGUCUCCAAAAAUAGACUUAUGGACUUAAACUUUUAAUCCAUAUUAUUGAAAACUGGCACAACUACAUUGCUGAAUAUAAUUAACUGGUGAGAUUGUUAAAGUUAGUUUCUAAUGUACUUGAGCCUGAAAUCUUGUUUGUUGGAUUUACUUUGCAGGAUUCUCAACACCAUCAUUCAGCUCCUUCUGGCAGCCAACCUAAGAAGAGGAAGAGGACCUCUGCGGUCCGUUCUUCUGAUUCUGCAGGACUGACCCAGGAUCCUGCUCCACAGCCCUCCCACGCACACGAUGCCGGUGAUCCUCCUUUGGUCCCAAGGCCUCAGCCAACAGUUGAACCAUUUGAGCUGCCUCAAGUCUUGCCUGUGGUUCACCAUUUCCAGCCCCCGACAAGUCCACCUCUGCAUGACGACCCACUGAUAAUUCACCAUCAGUCAGUGGAGGAGUACCAGCAGCUCUACCACAGCGUGGCAGAUGACAUGCUCUGGUAUGUAUGAAACAAAAAACAAGAAUCCACCACUAUAACAGACCAUGAUGGGUAACACUUGAACAAACAUUGUGAUUUAAACUACUUUCCUCUCCUAUCCACAGGUACAAGAAUGGCCUUCAGCGUCCCUACAGCCUUACACUGGGACGUCUUAUCAAGCAGAAGCUGUGGGAACAACUGGAUCGUCCACAGUUCACUGAGACUGUGGACGACAACGGACUUGUCUGCGUAAACACCAGCUAUGGGGUUGGAGUUUAUCCACCACUGUACGACGUGGACACGUCUGGCGAACCGAAGCCAAAGACUUCACCCAGAAAGAGAGUGAGGACAUGAAAGUCUUCACUCUCUUCAUGUGAACAUUGUUGUUUUAACUCUGGGUUAAAACUUGUACAUAUUGUAAAUACUGUAGUUUAAGUUAGUUUAAGUUAAGUUAAGUUUAGUCAUAAGUAUAAGGGGAAAACAUCCAGAACUGUCAAAAACAAGUCCUCUCUGCAAGCAACUCAAAGCACCUCAGCCGUCCUGCACCAUGAGCCUCCUCCAAACUCCUGACUCGACCAACGAUCACCUAUGACCAGACUGAAAAUGACAAAGAAUCGAACCUGCCUCCAUCCUGUCCUCCAACAUGUGCCAGCAGCUUUUACAAUCUUAGCGCUGCACAUUUGCAAACCUCAAUCUCCACCCUCUGAAAAGUAACAUCUGCCUCUGCCUCUGCAUGAAGAUAGCUGCUUCCACCUGCAGCCUCUAAAUAAGAACAUCUGCGUCUGCAUCAAGAUGGCUGCUUCCAUCUGCAGCCUCCACCAUCAGCCUCCGCCUCCUCCUCCUCCUGCUUAAAGGUAAAUAUCUCCAAUCAAUUAAAUCCAUGUGCCUCCACCUGUUUAUGAAAGCCAAUGCCUUAAACCCAAACUUCUCUUUUACUUCUCCUUAUCAGCAGCCAUCACCAAUGAUUGCAGUCUGCCAAACAUCAGCAGCCAAAAUGACAAAGAAUCAAACCUGCCUCCGUCCUGUCCUCCAACAUGUGCCAGCAGCUUUUACCAUCUUAGUGCUGCACAUUUGCAAACCUCCAUCUCCAGCCUCUAAAUAAGAACAUCUGCCUCUACAUGAAGAUGGCUGCUUCCACCUGCAGCCUCUAAAUAAGAACAUCUGCCUCUGCCUCUACAUGAAGAUGGUUGCUUCCACCCGCAGCCUCCACCAUCAGCCUCCUCCUCCUCCUGUUCAAAGGUAAAUAUCUCCAAUCAAUUAAAUCCAUGUGCCUCCACCUGUUUAUGAGAUGCCAAUGCCUUAAACCCAAACUUCUUUGGUUGGAGUCCCUGUCACACAUCAGCAGCCCCUGUGUCCAACUCCAACCUCUAAAAGAACAUUGACUCAACCUUCCCUCUUGUCCAGCAAUCUUGAGCCACAUCCUGGUGUGCACCAGGAGCUAGACACCAGCAGGCUCUCCCUCCAACAACAUGGAAAAGAAACAACCAAGCCAACGUAAGAUGCUGUAAGCGAAAUAUAGCUGCCUCUACCAUCACCAAACAACAAGCUGCCUUUAAUGCCUUGAUGUCACAGACUGAGACUGAAGUGCUGACAAGCCUCUACUAAGCAAUCUGCCCCUGUCUACACCUGCAGGUUAUGGUCCAAAGAUUCAGCCUCUACCUCCAGCUGGUCCUGAGAAACUAAGACCAGCCAACUAAGACAUCACUCGGCACUGCCUGAAAGCUGCAGCAAAAGCCCCACCUUCAAUCGGGGCACUACCUCUACCAGAAGUCGUAAGUGUUGAAAGCUGGCUUUUCUACCAAUAACUCACACUUAUAAAAACCGUGUUGCUAAGAUACCUUUUUUUUAAUAGUAGCCUCUGAACCAUUUAUUGAGGACUGUAGGUCAAAGCAUCACUGUCUGUGUUAUCUAUCUAGCUUAAAAUCUCUGCUCACUUCUCUUAACAGCAAACUCCCCAAGUAAAUAUCAGCUGCAGCCUCGACUUCCACCUGCACAAAAUCAAGGAGCCGUUACCAAAGUCUUCACCUCAAGUCUCUUCCUGAAGAAUGAAAUAGCGAACUGAGCUGCUCAGUCCAGCCUCCAUCAACUAAAGGUAUCAUUAAUGCCUAAAACUCAAGCCUCCCUCACCUAAAAUUGUGGUAUAUGGUUGCACUAAUGCUUCCUAUUUCAACCUCAGCUACACACCAACAUCUACGAACCCAACUUAAAGCGUCUAUGAGGAAUGGGCAGCCACCAACUCCCUGAUUGAAACCUGGAAGCUGCAGUCGUGUGAAGCUGUGCCCUUCUCUCUGGACCCUUGCUGGUAUUGUAAUCACUCUCCAAUGUACAUCACUCUGAGCUGAAGUAUCUGUUAUAUGACAUUGUGACAUUGUGCUGCAGGUGCCGCCAACUUGAGCCCAGGCCUGUACCAGGAACCUGCAGACACCUCCAGUUCCAGAUGGUGCCUCAAGUUUGCUGCUGCAGCCUCUGCCAGAGACCAUGGGCGCUAA